AUGACCGGCGUCGCGACCGCGCUGGACGCGUCGCGCGCGUUCGCGCCCUCGCUCGCGCGCGCGGGAUCUUCGCGACGCGACGACGCGGCGCUUCCGCGCGCGUCUCGCGCGCGCGCUCGCGCGCGCCGCGUCGCCGUCGCCGUUCGCGCGUCGUCCCGCCGCGAAGAAGACGACGGGCGAAGUAGUGCUGACGACGACGCGACGCCUCGGCCGACGUCGCGCGCCGCCGCGGCGAGCGCGGCGAAGCUCGCGCCGCGCGACGUCACGACCCAGCUCGGCCUAGAGCUCUCGUCGCUGAUGAAGACGGACCCGGUGCUGUUCGAGCGCGCGCUCAGAGACCAGCUCCGAGCGCUCGCGAGCGAGCUCCUGCACCCGUCCUUCCCCGGCGGGCGAAGCGGCGCGCUGAGACCGUUCGUCCACGGCGCGAGCGCGUCAGGGGAGGCGUCGAGCAGCGCGUCCGCGGACGCCUCGGCGGCGCGGUCGCUUCGCGCGGGGUGGCGCGCGCUUCCGUCGCGGUCGGCGGGGGGUCGGCGUCAUUCUUUUUCUUCGCGCUCCCGCGGUUCCCGGGCGAGCGGGCGCGGGGCGCCGCCGCGAUCGUCGUCCUCGAACGCGGAGUACGACCGCAUGGAGGGAAUAACCCAAAGCGUAACGCCAAACGGCGAAACGGCGUCACCCGACGAGGAGCAGACGCUAGCGGACGAGACGCUCAUGCGCGAGCUCUCGCUCGCCGUCGCCGACGGCGCCAAAACGCAGCGCCGGUUGGAAAUCCAAGACGUGAUGUACCUCUCCAUCGCGCACGCGUUCAACGCCGUCGGCGUCCCGCUCGCGCCGGACGCGAGCCACUACCGCGGCAGAGGCCUGCGCGCGUCGCCGGACCCGCGGCGGCACAGAGAGAAGGUGCGGCGGCUGCUGCGCGAGAUCCUUCCCGACGGCGCGGAGGCGCCGUUGGAAGACUUCGUCCGCGAGAUUCUCGUCGUCGCGGACGACCCGAGGGCGAGCGGGCGCGUCGGCGCCGCGGGGUUGCCCGCGCUGACGCUCGCGAGCGUCUACGGCGCGUCCGCGCGGUUCGGGUACUUUCUCUCCGUGGCGUCCGAGCGCCUUGCGUUGGAGCGCGCCCUGGGCGGCGACGGCGACGGCGAAGAUUCGGAAGAUUUGGAAGAUUCGAAAAAAAGAUAUUCAAACGGCGCGGGGGCCCACGGGUCGUCCGGGUCGUCGUCGUCCGCGAGCGCGGCGGUCGCGGGCGACGCGGUGGACUCGUCGACGCUGUGGGACGCGCCCGAGUGCGGCCCCAUCGGCGAUUGGGUCAGCGAGGACGACGAGGAGUGCGCCGUGCAGGAAUCGGCGUUUUUCGAACGCCGGCGACACCUCGCCGUCGCCGCCGGGAAAACGCGCGAGAGGAGCACGGAGACGGAGUCCGUGUGGGGAGACAGCUCCGUGAUCGCGGCGGAUCAGGCUGUCGGGUUCGAGAAGCACCUGAUUGAGGAAGCGCUCGCGGAGCAGAGCGCCGAGGAGCGAGAGGAGGCUGGCCGCGUGCCGCUGCAGAUGUUCGUCGAGGCGAUGACGCCGGCGCUGAGGGCGUCGAGCGCGAGGCUCGCGGCGACGGAGUCCGUCGACGUCUUGGCGUUGCACGUCGACGCGCUGUUUGGUCCCGCGGACGUCCUCUCCGCGCGCCUCGCCGCGGCGCUCGACGCGGAGCUCUCGCCGCCCGACGCGCGGCGGUCGCGGUCGCCGGAUGCGCGAAUGCGCGCGGUGCAACGCGCGGCGAUGAACGGCGACAUCGACAUCGUGCGGAUGCCGUUGGACGCGUUGAGGUACCUCGUCGUGGAGGCUGCCGCGUUCGGCGCCGCGCUUCGAGACGCGGAGGCGGAGGCGGACGGGUUCGAGCUCGUGACGAGGAGAGACGCGGAGGAUCACGUCGGCGGAGGCGGCGGAGAGAGAUAUCUCGACGCGUGGCUCGACGGCGACCGACCCGGGUGGGUUUAG